AUGCAUCCUCAAUUAAUUCCACACAAACACGAAGGCUGCUAUGAAGCAAUUCAGGCCCUUGAUGAAUGUCAUCAUGCCAACUCAUUCAACCGAUUCAUCGGGCUUUGUAAUGAUGCAAAGAAAAAGGUCGACAAGUGUCUGAAGGAAGAGUUUGUGGCCAACAGAGCAGCCCAAAAGGCAGCAACAGACGAAAAAAGAGCAAGAAUGAAGAAGAUUUGGAAGGAAAUGGAAGAACCCCCAGCUGGUUUUGAGGAAAAGAGUCAAUAAAUACUAUGUUUAAUAUAUAUAUAUAAGGGAAGAGAAAGAGGAUAUUAUUUACAACAGGAUGUUUUGGCUCUUUAUAUAUUGCCUCUAGGCUGUUACUACUUCCCAAUCAUCCGAAGAUUCGUGUGCUGGUGCAUUCGACUGCUCUUCUUCUGAGACAUUCUCUGCGGAUGUUUCGGUGGAUUGACCAUCCCAUAAAUUGUUUUCUUUCUGGUUUACCUUGGGAGUUUCCAGAUUGGUUCUUUUCUCAGAUUCUUCCCAUGCAUUUCGAACAGUAUGUUCGCUGUUAACACGCAUCCAUUCUUCAUCUUCAUUAGAAAGUGCCUCAAAAGCAUUGUUGGAUCGACUAGUGUUUGUGGAAGGAUUGACAAUUUCUCGCCUUAUAGUCGGCUUCUCUGACCAUGUAACAUCACCUUUUUGGUUUAGCCAGCAACAGUCGACGCGAGAACAAAGUCCUUUAGCAACAAAAUUGUCUUUGAGGAUCUUCUUUAAUCUCCAGACAUUCUCUUCACGCUCGUCCAUGGCGACCGAAUUGUCCGAAAGUGGGAUUACAACUGCAUCACUGUCGUUGAUCCAUCGUGAAGCAACCUUGGUUAAACCGCAGCAUUCUAG